CCUCAUUCAUGUCUUAGUCUUAUGCCAUGGUUUUAUAUACAGUAGUUUUAAGUGCCACAAUUUCACGUGCUGUUGUCUCAUGUGCCAUGGUUCCAUGUGCCAUAGUUUCAAGUGCCAUGGUUCCAUGUACCAUAGUUCCGUGUGCCAUAGUUUCAAGUGCCAUGGUUCCAUGUGCCAUAGUGUCGUGUGCCAUACUUUCAAGUGCCAUGGUUCCAUGUGCCAUACUUUCAAGUGCCUUUUUCCAUAAUUUCAUACGGUGUUACUCUUUGAACUUUGACACAAAAACUGUGCACAUGGCAUACUAUAAAUUAGGUGUACCCAGGGUCAAACCAUCUUUCAAAAUUAUUACAUUUGUACUUUAAAAGUAUGAAUAAAAAUAUUCUUUCUGUGACAGUUGUGAUGUAUGUUUUUCUAUAAAUGUACAGAUUUUGAAAAAUAAGAUUCAUGUUCAAAAGUGAGUGUGGUACAUGGUCU